AUGGUUAAGAAAACCCGAAAAAAAAUUGGAAAGAAAUUGUCUGAAGGGAGGGAAGGCCAAGAAGCCAUGAACCCCGUGGAAAAUCUCCGAACCCUGUGGAAUGGUCUCCGAACCCCGUGGAGAGUCUCCGAACCCCGUGGAGGAGGAUUGAUGAAGGAUCUAUUUGGAACUGACGAAUCUGAAGAUGAAAUUGUUGGAAACAAUAAUUCAUCACCCUGUUCUAACAAAUCUCUGCUUAAACAGAAAACGAAAAGUUUUAACAAAAGGGAAGCCAAGAAAACCGUGAUUAACCCUGUUCAAGAGAUUCAAAUCCUUGCUGUUAACAAGAGUUCUAAAAGUCCAUUAAGGCCAAGUAGUUAUGCACAAAACCCACAGUCUGAAACUCUCCCUUCAUCAGAAUCUGGUUCUAAGAAGGAUGAAUUCAAGUAUUUAUCGUACAAACUGGUCAAAUCUAGUAAACGUCAGUUAACCCAGGAUCUAUUUGAUUCGUCCUGUUCAUCCGAGCUAGAACCAACCACCCAGAAACCUUGGAGGAGGACAAAAAAGGAACACGCUGAUCCAAGUGGUUCGAAAAAAGGAGGAGAACACGCUAAUCCAAGUGGUCCAAGAAAAGUAGGAGAACAUGCUAAUCCAAGUGGUACAAAAAAAGUAGAACACGCUAAUCCAAGUGGUACAAAAAAAGUAGGAGAACACGCUAAUCCUAGUGGCCCAAGAAAAGAAGGAGAGCACGCUAAUCCAAGUGGCCCAAGAAAAGAAGGAGAACACGCUAAUCCAAGUGGCCCAAGAAAAGAAGGAGAACACGCUAAUCCAAGUGGCCCAAGAAAAGAAGGAGAACGCACUAAAACAAGUGGUUUUAUAAAAGUAGGAGAACACGCUAGUUCAAGUGGUCCAAGAAAAUUAGGAGAUCACGCUAAUUCAAAUGGUCCGAGUAAAGGAAGAGAACACACUAUUCCAAGUGGUCUUAGAAAAGAAGGAGAACACGCUAAUCCAAGGGGUCCGAGAAAAGUAAGAGAAAAAGACUGUCCAGGUUCAAAUGGUCCAGGAAAAGUAAAAGAACAUCAUCAUUCGAAUGGAUUUAAGUCUGAAAAAUCAACGAUGGGAUCAGUCAAAAAUAAGAAAAUUAAGGUUCCUUCCAAUGAUAUCCCUCAAAAGUUUUCAAUUUUCGGAAAUGAAAAAUCAUCUUUGAAAGUAAACUGUUCAGUAAGUGAAGACUCCAAAAAGAACAUUACUAAAUCAUCCAUGAAGAAGUACAAAAAUGCUAUUCUUAAACCCUCACCCCAGUCCCGGUCAGAUUCAGCGACCAAGGCUGAAUUUAGUUUCUCAAUCGCCGACAAGGAAAUCUAUGCUGAGAGAAAAAAGACAAAGAAGAUCCUGGAGUUAAAAACGGAGAGUAUUGAACCUAAACUCGGCUCGAGCGUGUUCGAAUAUAUCGAGGAUGAAGAAACCGCUAAAAUAAGAAAAAAGUUGGAAAAACAAGCUCUCAACAAAGAAAUCAAAGCACGACUCAAACAAAAAGAAAGAAAAUCGAACUCAAAAUCUCUUUUGCACAACACUGAUCGUUCCUCUCAAUCUGAAGCAGAAGAAUCAAAUCCAACUCCCGCCAAAAAAUCCCGGAAAAGUAAAGCUAAACCCCGCGAGAAAACACAAGAAAAAAGUGACACUUUGGAUUCCAAGUUCAUUGAUGAAAUGUUUCAGCUAAUAGGAUCUCCUUCUGGAUCCGACCCAGGAUGGGACGAUAUUGAGCACGAGUUUGAUGCUAACCUAGAGGAGGAUAUCAGGAAGAUUGAUGAAUAUCUUGAGGCUGCAAGGGUUGAGGAGGUGGAGUACCAGAAAUAUCUCCUGGAAAAUACUGGGUUUAGGAAUAGGCUGGAGACGGAGCUAACCGAACCUGUUCUUAGAAAACUAUUUAACAAGAACUUACAGUUCUUCAAGGAUAUUUGGUCUGGGAAGGGUAAGAGUGUCCGACACGACCAGUAUGCCCGGGGAGGUGCAGACAGACAGGAGUUAAGGUUUAGUAUGAUUACAGAUCCGUACACGGAGCUACAGCUGGAUUGGGUUCUAGACGAGAUUUCUAAGGUUUGGAUGCGGAAUGCGGAGGAGAGAAGGGAUAACAACGAUUAUGUUUGGAAGGUUCUGCUCCCGGAGGUUUUUAUCAAGCUCUAUAUGGAUCACUUCUCUAUGGAGAAGGGUGAGGCGGAGAAACGAAUCCGGAAUACUCCACUCCGUGAGGAAGACGACUUUUGAUGAAUCAGCAAAUCAAAGCUGCGUGAUCUCGGUACAGGGUUUUUAAUCAAAUCUCAGCUCUUUUUAAGAAUCGCCUGAUACAAUAAAUGUUUAUUUUUCUGUUA